GUCAGCGUCGGAGAACUUAGGAGCGCAGGCUUACACCAGAACUCUGGUUUGGCACCUGUUAUUGUAAUUAGGAAGAAGGGAGAGCGGAUUUUGUACAUCUCGAGACAAAUCGUUAUAUUAGUAAAAAUAGUAAUGCUUCCUCCAGACAACCACCAGGCAAUGAUCUAAUCAUGUCGGAUAAAGAUGAUAUUGAGACUGAGGUGAUAACUGAAGCAACCUCCAUCCUUGAAGAUGAGAACUGUGAGCCAAGCAAGAAUUUUGAGUCAGUUGACCAAAGUGCCAAGUCAGAGAGUAAAUCAGAACCUGUAGCUUCUACUCGGAAAAGACCAGAGUCCAAACCUUCCAGUGACCUUGAGACUUCAGACGUUCUCCCUGUUCAGAUAUCACAGGCUGCAGGCAAAGAGACUGUUUCCAAAGAUGUACCCCAGACCGGCUGGGGCUAUUGGGGCAGUUGGGGCAAGUCUUUGCUCUCCUCAGCCUCAGCUACAGUAGCCACAGUAGGACAAGGUAUUUCAAAUGUUAUUGAGAAGGCAGAGACUUCCCUUGGAAUCCCUAGUCCCAGUGAAAUUUCAUCUGAAGUCCAAUAUGCAACAGGAGAGACAAAUGCCAAAGAGAAUGAAAACUCCUCUCCAAUGAGUGGGCCAUUUGGGGUAUUCUCAACCAUCUCUACUGCUGUUCAGAGCACAGGAAAGAGUGUUAUCAGUGGGGGUUUGGAUGCCUUAGAAUUCAUUGGGAAAAAGACAAUGGAUGUAAUAGCAGAAGGGGAUCCUGGAUUUAAAAGAACCAAGGGUCUGAUGAACCGGACUUCCACACUGUCUCAGGUUUUGCGAGAGGCAAAGGAGAAAGAAGAGCUAUGGACUGCCAAUGAGGUUACCAUGGAAACAGACAAGAAAACUCAUUAUGGGCUACUCUUUGAUGAAUUUCAAGGCCUUUCACAUCUAGAAGCUCUGGAGAUGCUCUCCCGAGAAAGUGAAAUAAAGGUGAAAUCUAUUCUUAAUUCUCUAAGUGGAGAAGAAUUAGAGACUCUAAAAUUUGAAUUGGAGCAACUCAAAGAAGCAUUUUCCCUAGCAGAGUUCUGUGAGGAAGAGGAGGAAGAGAAGAAAGGGGAUGAAGACUUUACCAGAGAGAUAACAGAGCUAUUUUCCCAGCUGCAUGUCUCCUCCAAACCGGAGAAACUUACUAGGGCAAGAAAUACAGCCUGUGAAUGGAUCAGGACACCUCUGGCCAAACCAUUAGAAGAGAAGGAAGAAGGAAAAAAACAGUUGGAAGCAGAAAAAAUUGAGCAAAUCAAUAACAAUUCAAUAGAGGAUAUCCAUGCAUUUGCAAUCCGGAGCCUAGCAGAAUUGACUGCCUGCUCAAUUGAACUGUUUCACAAAACAGCGGCUCUGGUUCUGCAUGGCAGGAAGCAGGAAGUAACAGCCAUAGAAAGGAGCAGAGCCCUUUCCCAGAUGACAGUUGUGUUGUGUAAAGAGUUGUCCUCUCUGUCUAAAGAGUUCACCACCUGCCUAACAACUGCUGGGGUCAAGGAAAAGGCAGAUGUCCUUAAUCCAUUAAUCACUGCAGUAUUUCUAGAGGCAUCAAACAGUGCUUCCUACAUUCAGGAUGCCUUUCAGCUACUUUUACCUGUGCUGGAGAUCUCUCUUAUUGAGAACAAGACUGAAUUACCAGAGGCAUGAGCUACAGGCCCAGAGGCCUUUGUCAGAACACUGAAGAACAGAGAAGAUUCUACCUGAGACUUGUGAUGGCCAAGAAAUGCCACUGUCUUCUGGGUACCCCUGGAGAAGUGAGGGAGAAAGGUUAUUUUAGUAUAUAAAAAUCCAGGCAGGAGAGCAGGUUUAAGGAAGUUUGUUGCCUUCACUGCUUGGCUGAAGUAUUCAGGUCCUCACACUGCUCUUCCCAGUUGUUAUAAUUAAUAAAUUAUUUGAAAAGAAAUUUUAUAGAAAGUUAAAAAAUAAUAGCUCAUAAGGUUAAGGGGACACUCAGGCAAAAAUAUUGGUCUUUCUUUGACAAGAUGCAAAACACUAAAAAUUUUGCAAUGGCUGUAAUUUUGCAGUCCAUGGAUGUAAUUGGUUGUUAAGCAAGAGGAAAAGGAAUUCAGUAUCCUGGAAUUCAUGUGCUUGAUCUAUUAAUGCCAUUUUCUUUCUCCUCUCUAUAAUAAAAUCUAUGGCUUUAAGAAAACUGAGUAUAUAUAAACUCUGUAAUGAUUACCCUUUAUUACAUGAAUUCUUGGAAUUGGUUAGAAAGUUUCAUCUCCUCUUUAAUUCUCAGUAGAUAUUUGGCAUUGAGGAGAAGCUUAUAGAAUAUACUUAGAGCCACAUGAAUGAACUGUAGCAAAGUUCCCUUUGGCUUCAAAUUGCUUUCCCACCGCAAGAUGACAAGCUUCAAGUUGUAGUUGACCCCCCCUUUAUGGGAUUCAAGACCAACAAGUGCAAUUUAGAGAAACAGUUUCAUGUUUGCAGAUAUUCUGAGUCUCCAGGAUGUUUUUCAUGCAUACCCUAUAUGCAGGAUAAAUUCUGUAAUAGCCAACUCCAAAGGAGUGUUGAAGCUCUUUCAGUGAUGAGGAUUUUGUUGUUUGAAUAUUGUUGAAGUGGACUGUAGAGUCCCAUAGAAACGAUGUUCAUGUAUAACAGGAUUAAGACAGUUUAUUCUUCCUCAUUCUUUUUUGUUUCUUUUAAUGUAUUCUUUAGCAUGUUUAUAAAUAUAACUUUAAUCUUUCAUAUCUUAAGCCUUCUUUUGCUUUCCUCAACAAUUUAAAAGACUUAUAGGUUAUCUUCUUCCUAAAAGCUAUUUUGGUAUCCACUCUUUUAAAAAAAAGUUCUCCAACUUUGUGGUUUUUAAUGAUUCAGGAAACUUUUGUGAGCUCUGCCCCUUAUCUUUUAAAACCUUUAAAUAAAAUAUAAUAAUCGU